AUGUCCGUGCCCGGUCGCAGGAAGUCCCAACGCGUCAUGAUGAACGGAAAAGCCAAGGAAAACAAGGUCAUAAGCGACCUCUCACCAUGGAUCCUUCUUCCCAUCUUUCGUUAUCUCUCGACGGGCUACAUUGAUCCAAUCCCUGUCAAAGACUGGUUGCCGUCUUCUUCCCUUACAACUCUGUCGCAAGGGAGGUACGAGAAACACUUCCUCUCCGCUGCCCUCGUGAAUCGGCACUGGAGCACCGUCGCUCGUACCAUCAUAUACGCCUCGGUCGAUCUUGAAGACGAAGACGAGACGGAAGUAUUUGCUGAAACGAUGGAAGACUUCCCUGAGCUCGCGGCGCUCGUGCGUCGCCUCAACCUGGGGACGCAGUGCCAUACGAAAGAAGAGACCUCGUGCCACAUCCAGCUUCUCCGCCUGUGUCCCAAUCUUCAACAUUUACGGAUACAGGGAUAUAACGGGUUCUUGCUGAAAGAAUACGUGGAGGCACUGAGGGCAUGCACGAACCUCACGUCUCUGUACAUUACGCGAUACGGGCUCCGCGACUGGCAGGGAGACUCCUUCUGCAAAAUAGGAACGAUGGUCGAGAUGAUGCAGGGGUGGUUUAAACUGGAACAAGUUUUCUUCCACGACGCUAUAAUCUCCUGGUGUGCGGACUUCGACCAAACCCAGCCCACUCCCAUCCCGAGACUCCAGCGCAUGCAUAUGGGCUGCAGCCUCGAUACGGCGCACAUCGAGGCGCUCAGCCGGCUCGCGCCAAAUCUCGUCGUCUUCUCGCUCAGUGAUAGCGGCUUUCACUCCGGGGGUUCACUGGCCGCAGCCCUGAGGGUGUGGAAGAGCACGCUAAUCGAGCUCGACCUCCGCUGCGAGGCAGGCAGUCCAAGCUCAGAGCAUUGGGAUGCCGUUGCCGAACGCCUGCCAGAACUCUCCCGACUCAAUAUCCUACGGGUCGCCAAGGGUCUUCCACCCGAGCACUACAAGUCUGCGUUCCCGCCCUCACUCCGAGAGGUUUACGUCAGCCUCCCCUCGGCUGCCGACCUACAGUCUAUUGUCGAUAUCCUUUCGUCGGAACACCGUCUGCCUUCGCUCCGUUUGUUGAGGACAUACAAACCCUACAGUGAAGACUACGACGAGACCGUGAGGGUGGAGAUAUGUGCGAAGCGUGGCUGCCUGCUCAAAUGGGGCCCUAUGAUGUAUUGA